AUGAAAAUGAGAGCGCUGAAUGUCAUCCUGCUGCUGGUGCUGAGUGUCUGGAGCGGAUCUCUGGGCGUGCAUGUUAAAGACGGAGACCGGAGCUUUCCCUUGGAAGCGGUGAAGAAGCUGAAGGAGCUGAUGGAUUUAGAUGCCCACAUCAGCCCACAUGUGGCUGGCACCGGUGUUGGAGUAGUCUGCUCCGACCCUGCCCUGCCAGCCGUUUUUCUGCCAGUGUGCCAGGAGAGUGGGACAGCUGUCAUCUUCUCCAGACUAGCGCGUAUCAUCACACCUUCAGAUCCUUGUGAAAUCUGUGCCAACCCCUCCUGCUAUGGGUGUCUGAAUUGA